GUCGAAAAACUGCACGACUUCGAGGAGGACUGCAUGGAGGAGCUGGGCCGGCUGAAAGAUCACGCGCGGAACAGCAGCAACGAUCGGCUGAUUUUUAGGACGUCUGAGAGGACCGAUCUGAUGCUCGCCAGGAUUAACGACAUGGCGGCGAAGGACCAGGUGCAUCGAGAAGAUAUGAGAGGGAUGGAGGCGCGGGUGGAGAUGAUGGAGGGGGAGAUUGGCGAACUCAAGGACAUGAUCCGCCAGCUGACCACCUCGCUGCCGUUGGUCAUCAUCCAGGCCCUGCAGGGCGGCCAACGUGCCGCUGGCCUAUCACCCGCCCAUUCCUUCAUCAUCCCCGGGCUCAAGGAGAGCAUCACCCAAGAUGAGGCCCCCCAGUCGGCCGGUGUACAAACCCCGAACCUGCCGAGGAGGGACACGAUCAGCAUGUCGUUCCGGCGGCGCCAUCACGACGAAUACACCACCAUCACCGACUCGAUCAGCCUGGCCGCCGACUUGAGGAAGCGGGACAGCGACGAUGAGAUGACAGGCGGAGCCAUCACCGAAGAAGACGAGACGAAACACUCCUUCGACGAUAGCCAGCUGAGCAUCCCGCAGGUCCAACUCCCGAGACGGCCAAAGCUGUCCUCAUCGCAUCACCCCGGCUCUAUGACUGAGCUCGAAAACAAUGGCGUCAUGGCGGACUGCGAGCUGACGGAGCUGGAGCGCGAUCGGGACAGCGAGAUGGAUCUUCCGCACACCUCGAGGCAUCGUAAAAAGGGAAUCUCGCGGAGCAGCGAUGAGAAUGAGGUAUUU